AUGAGCUCGCAGGCACCGAAGGAGCUCCCGGUGCUCGCGCCGCUUGACCUCAAAGUGGAGGAGGGGCGCGCGGAGCCCACGACGCGGAUGCACAUCGCGGCUUUCGGUUCGGGCGCCCCGAGGAACUUGCAGCAGAAUGGAUGGCAGGUGACGGCGGCGCCGCAGCAGAACACGCUGAUCAAGAGGGCGCCUGAGGACCCAGACUCUCUCCCCGCGCGCGUAGAGCUCUCUGACCCCAGCGGCCACGUGUCGCAUCACGGCACACGCCAGGAGGGUCUCUCGAGGCACUUCGUGCUCAUCAAGGAGAGCGGGGGCAUCUUCAUGUACCCCAUCAAGCACUGGUACCAGUUCCGCAACACCACCGGCGUGCGGAGGCCCCAAGCGGGCGCGGCGAAGGGAGAUGUUGACAUCGGGAAGCUUAACCUUGACGACUACUGGAAGCGGCGCCAGAUCGCCGCUGCUAAGGCGCUGGGGCCCAAGGCCGAGACGAAGCCCGAGGUGAAGCAGGAGGCCGGGAGGGACGCGGCGAGGGACGCGGGCCUCGGCAGCAGCAGCGACGACGACGACUUCAUGGAGCGCAAACCCAAGGUCGCCCCGCCGCAGCGGCGCGACGUGGAGGCGCUGCACAACAUCGCGGCGGGCACCACUGACGAGUUCCAGCGCGAGCGGCAGCGCGAGGACUACGACAUCCACGACGACGACGGCGCGCGGCCCGAGGACGCGCUGGACUGGGACUUCGAGGGCGCCCCGUCGGACGACGACGUGGAGAUACACCGGGGGGAGUAUGAGGAGAGGAAGAAGGCAAUGGCGGAGCUGGUCGGGCGGGAGGCGAGCGAGGAGUCGUCGAUUGAGGGGGCGCCGGACUCGGAGGAGGAGGACGACGGGGACGGGGAGGAGGGCGGGGGGGAGGCCGGCGCAGAGGAGGAGGAGGGGGGGGUCAUUGGUGGGGGCGACAGUGGCGACGAGGGGGACGCGGAGGAGGAGGAGAGGGCGGAGGAGGCGCGGGCGAAGCAGAUGCCCGCGAUAGCGAAGCGGCCCAGGGAGGAGGACGGCUCGCCGGCGCACGAGCAGCCGAAGCGGCCGCGGCCGUCUGGGGCUGCCGGCGCGGGCGAGCCGCAGCUCACGCUCGAGGCGUUCGUGCGCGUCGUGACGGAGAGGCCCGGGGCGAAGCUGUUGGAGGUAUACGCCGCGCUGGGGAUGACCAAAGAGCAGGUGCAGGAGCGGAAGCCGGAGGUGAUGCAGCUUGUCAAGAAGGUGUUGAAGAGCAAACAGGUGUCGAGGAAGGACGGCAAGUACUACCCGGGCAGCACCGGCCCGGGGUAG